AUGCCUUAUUCCAUAUACUUGCAACUAGGCCUAGGAGAACUUAAGCCCACAUCUGUGGUGCUACAAUUAGCCGAUCGAUCAGUUAAGAAACCUCGGGGAAUAGUUGAAGAUGUCUUGAUUCAAAUUGAUAAAUUCUAUUACCCUGUGGAUUUUCUCAUCUUGGACACUCAAUCUGAAGUCAACUUAGAGUCCAAAAUUCCCAUCAUUCUCGGACGACCAUUCCUCGCAAUAGCAAAUGCACUCAUCAAUUGUAGGAAUGGUCUCAUGAAAAUCUCUUUUGGGAACAUGACUCUAGAGGUGAAUGUUUUCAACAUUGGUAAACAACCACCUGAUAACGAUGAGUGUUUCCAAUCAUUUCUGAUCGAUACACUUAUUUCAGAAGAGGUAGAAGCACAAUACACUUCCACUCAUCUCAAUGACCUCUUUGAAAUUUCUGAGAUUUCUGAGUCGGGUAAUACUGAAAUCAACCCUGAAGUCAUCAAUCAAUUACCGACCAAAAGAACCAUGUUUUGGAAUCCAAUCUUCGAGGGACUUCCUCAAGAUAGGGAAACACCAAAACCAUCCACUGUCCAAGCUCCUCAACCAAACUUGGCUCAACUUCCUAAGGAACUUAAGCAUGUCUUCUUGGGAGCAAACAACACUUUCCCUGUCAUCAUAUCCUCCACCCUUAAUGCAACUCAAGAGCAACAACUUAUCAACGUGCUCACAGAGCAAAGAGGAGCAAUUGGUUGGCGUUAG